CCUCCUCCUCCGCCGGCUGCCACGGCCCUGCCAGUAUGUCGGACAGGCUGCCGUACAAAGUGGCUGACAUCAGCCUUGCAGACUGGGGUCGCAAGGCCAUUGAGAUUGCUGAGAAUGAGAUGCCAGGGCUGAUGAAGAUGCGGGAGAUGUAUGCUGCAUCAAAGCCACUGAAAGGUGCACGUAUCGCUGGUUGCCUUCAUAUGACAGUGCAGACAGCAGUUCUCAUAGAGACCCUUAUAGAGCUGGGAGCUGAGGUACAAUGGUCAAGCUGCAAUAUUUUCUCCACUCAGGACCACGCUGCAGCUGCUAUUGCAAAAGCUGGUAUCCCUGUGUUUGCCUGGAAAGGGGAGACCGACGAGGAAUAUUUGUGGUGCAUUGAGCAGACCCUGUACUUCAAGGACGGGCAGCCCCUCAACAUGAUUUUGGAUGAUGGUGGAGAUCUUACCAACCUAGUUCAUACCAAAUACCCACAGCUGUUGAAAGGAAUUAGAGGUAUUUCAGAAGAGACAACCACUGGAGUUCACAACCUGUACAAGAUGAAGGCCAAUGGGACCCUGAAAGUGCCAGCUAUCAAUGUUAAUGAUUCUGUCACCAAGAGCAAGUUCGAUAACCUUUAUGGUUGCAGAGAGUCCCUCAUCGAUGGCAUCAAACGUGCUACAGAUGUCAUGAUUGCUGGAAAAGUAGCAGUUGUGGCAGGUUAUGGUGAUGUGGGCAAAGGCUGUGCCCAGGCCCUGCGGAGCUUUGGAGCCAGAGUAAUCAUCACGGAAAUUGAUCCCAUCAAUGCACUGCAGGCAGCCAUGGAAGGUUAUGAAGUUACAACCAUGGAGGAGGCCUGCAAAGAAGGCAAUAUCUUUGUUACCACCACUGGCUGCACUGACAUUGUUCAGGGCAGGCACUUUGAGCAGAUGAAGGAUGAUGCCAUAGUGUGUAAUAUUGGCCACUUUGAUGUGGAAGUUGAUGCAAAGUGGCUGAAUGAAAAUGCAGUAGAGGCGGUGAAUGUUAAACCUCAGGUGGAUCGCUAUACACUGAGGAAUGGCCGUCAUAUUAUACUGCUAGCAGAGGGCCGACUGGUCAACUUGGGCUGUGCCAUGGGUCACCCUAGCUUUGUUAUGAGCAACUCCUUCACCAACCAGGUGCUGGCACAGAUUGAGCUGUGGACCAAUAGUGACAAAUACUCUGUCGGAGUCCAUUUCCUGCCAAAGAAGCUGGAUGAAGCUGUGGCUGCUGCUCAUCUGGAUAAACUGUGUGUGAAGCUGACAAAGCUGAGCGACAAGCAGGCCAAAUACCUAGGCUUAUCAAGAGAUGGGCCAUUCAAGCCAGACCACUACAGAUACUGAGCAGGUGGCACUACCCAAAGACCAAAGUGCAGGGAUACAACCUUCCAAAGCUCUUGUGUGUGCUGGGCUUCUGAGAACAAGCCCUUCGCCAUAUUCUUCUCAGUGCUGCAGAACCCCUCCCCUUACCAAGGGAACUACAGGGCCUUAUUUGUUAGUGAAAGAGGAUCAUUCUGACUCUUGGAAUUAGAAUUGGUUAUGUAGCUAAUGUCAUGGUGAAAAGGAUCAUAUGCACCUUUUAUGGGCUCCUAAUGUUCCCAGUAAGGGGAGCAGGACAGAAGAUUGCCAAAUGAAAAUGCAUAGUCUUGUCAAACAUGUGGCUGACAGCCUUUUUGAACAGACUGACCAAUAAGAUGGAGAACGGUUUCUACAGGGAGAUGCUUUUUGCCAUGCCCUGCUCUAAUCU